AUGUCAAUUAGACCAAUUCACCAGGAAGAUUUUACUGAAUCAUCCUUUGAGGAUGUUGAAACGUCAUUUGUUAGAGAUGCCUAUACUAAGUUCACCCGACGAGAUGGAAAGCAAAGUGAUGCUGUGCAUCCUCCUAUUAAAAACCAAAUAUUACCAACCCCUACAUCCACUACAAGUUCCAAUGCCACCACAUUCUCAUCACAUAACCAUGACUUAGUGGUAACCAACAGCAGUAGAUCUGAUAUUGAAGAAAAAACAGAGAAUGAUGAAGACGAUGACAACGAUUUUUUUAGUGACUUUCAGGAGUUUAGAAACAAUAAAGAUGAUUUUGAUGAAGCAAUUAAGGAUAAAUACCAACUUUUGAAAUCGAUACCGACUCAAUCCGUCAAGCCUAACUUACUAUCCCAAACAUUUGAAAAGAAAUUAAACUUGGGAUCACAUGAAAAAGUUCUCCGACAACCAAGAUCAAUGUAUGAAUUACAAAAUCAGAUGAGAUAUAGAUCAGAAGGGCCUGCUAGGACCACACAAGGUCUCUCUACGAAACUUAAAAAUAGCAUGUCCUACAGCGCAUUGACCAAUCCUAAACUAAACAAUAACUAUAGAAAUAAUAAUAUUAAGGUGAAAAAAUCGAUGCCUAGCUUAUCUUCUUAUAGUCCUGUUAUUCAGGAGGUGAAUGAUGAAACCUAUACCUUUAACGAUUUAACAUCAAUGGAAAACAAUUCUGGUUUAAGAACUUUCCAAGAUAAUAGCGACGAAGAAGAGGAAGACUUCCUUGAUUUUACACCUGAGGCUAUAAAAUCUCAAUUCCUAACUAAAGCAUCAAACAAAUCUGUUCAAGUCCCAUCGACACAAUAUAACAUAAUUAAUGAUGACCAUUAUCUUACUCCCCAGCUGCGCGACAAAACAAGGAAGCUAAACAGGAGAGAACAGCUCCUGGCCUUUAAUGAAACCGAACCUGAAAUACAAAGUCAUACUUGGCAAAAUAAACAUUACCAAAAUACUGCUUCAAAAAUUGAAACUAUAAAACAACAAAUUGAUUAUAAUACACCAAUUAAACAUGGCAGAAUGGUAUAUAAUGCAGAGACAAUGCGAUGGGAAGGAAACGAGAAAGCUUUAGAAAAGUUUCAGAAUAUGGAUACAUUGAGUAACAAUGCAAUGCUUAUAAAGGGAAGGAAAGAUUUCUUUGAUAAUAAUGGCGAAUCACUUUCCGGAAAAGGAAGGAGGAAUCUUCAAAACCCUAGCGUCGUCGGUAAAAUGGUAUUCGAUGAAAAAAAUCUUAGGUGGGUUAGUCUUCAUGAAAACGAAAUCGACCCCUUUGAAGGAAUGGAUGAUACUCUACCAACAUUAAUAAGAAAUAAUAGAAACCAUGAUCCCCAAAGGACUUCCCCUUCAUUUCCGCGAUCAUAUAGUCAAAAAAAUCCGGCAAGAGAAAUACUUCGUCCUCCUAGUCAAGAACUCCUUAAAUUUCGCUCUAUGGGGAGAAUGAGCAAUGCUUACUCUAGGCAAGGCUCGACACUUUCAGAUACAAAAUCGCUUUUUCAAGUAAACUCUAAAGCACUUGAAGGGUUUUACCACAACGAAAAUAAAUGGCAGAAAAAGGUUGGUGGAUGGUUUUCACUCCCUGAAAAUGGGAUUGAUAGUACUUUUUCGGAUAUUCCCAAUGAAUCUUUGAUAACAAGUGACAAAAAUAAGAACUAUAUGUAUGAAAUUAGGAACAUGGUACUCAAUUCACGAAGUAGGUAA